AUGACUUUGGGCAGCAGCGGCGGCGGCGGCGGCUGCGGGAUCAUGUCCGAGCGCUCCCCGGAGGAAGAGCCGCUCUCCGAGGUGGAGGACGCCGAUAUCGACGUGGUGGGCCCGCCCCAGGACGGGGGCAAGUACAGCGAGGACGAGGAGGAGGACGACGACGAGGACGACGACGACGAGGACGACGAGGAGGACGGCGGCGACCCGCUGGGGCUCGCGGGGCUGCCGCGGAGCGGGGCGGCCCAGGGGCGCAUGGGGGGGUCCCCGGAGCGCCUCUCCCCCGGCGGCGGCGCGGAGGCCGCCUGCGCCCGCGGCGCCGCCACCGGCGAGAAGGCGCCCGCAGGCGGCGGCGGCGGCAAGAACCCGCUCGUGAAGCCGCCCUACUCCUACAUCGCCCUCAUCACCAUGGCCAUCCUGCAGAGCCCCAAGAAGCGGCUGACGCUGAGUGAGAUCUGCGAGUUCAUCAGCGGCCGCUUCCCCUACUACCGGGAGAAGUUCCCCGCCUGGCAGAACAGCAUCCGCCACAACCUCUCUCUCAACGACUGCUUCGUGAAGAUCCCCCGCGAGCCGGGCAACCCUGGCAAGGGCAACUACUGGACGCUCGACCCCGAGUCCGCCGACAUGUUCGACAACGGGAGCUUCCUGCGCCGGAGGAAGCGCUUCAAGCGGCAGCAGCAGCUGCACCCGCCGCACCCCGAGCUGCUGCUGCGCGCCGGGGCCGCCGACCCCGCCGCCUUCCUGCCCGGCUUCGCCUACGGACCCUACGGCUACAACUACGGCCUGCAGCUCCAGGUACCACCACCACCACCACCAGCACCCCGGCGGCGGCGGCGCCGCGGCGCCUUCCCCUUCCAGCCUCCGCACUGCCCGUUACCGGCUCCGCCGCCUGCCGCCGCCACCGUCUUCUCGGCCGCCUCGGGGCUGCCCUCUUUCCUGGGCGGCGAGCUGAACUGCAGGAAAUCCUUCUACCCCCCCCAGCUGAGCCCCACCGCGCUGCCCGCCGCUCUCCUCCAGACCCUCAAGCCGGACCCCACGCCGGGCGGCGGCGGCGGCAACGGCAACAGCACCGGCAACCCCCCCCGGCCCUCUUUUUCCAUAGACAACAUCAUCGGGGGGGCCGUGCCCGCGGCGGGCAGCGCGCAGCCGGGCGGCGCCUCCUACAAAAGCGGCUACAAGACUCGACAUGGGAGAAAAGAGGAGGCCAAUGAAUCUAUUUUCCAGAUUGCCAAGCACAUGGUUGGAAAUUGA